CUUCAGCGACAACAUGGCUGCGGGAGAUUCGUUGGAACACAUAUUCGCCUUUAACUUUCUUUCUUGUAAAACGUUUGCCUUUCAAGACAGAAAUACUACAGAACUCUUGAUGAAAUGGUCUAUGCUCGGGCGAAUAACCGCUCAAGCCUUUAAUUUUGAUCAACCCUUCCAUCUUUACAAAAAACAUGAGUUUGUGUCGGAUUUCUUCAAAGAUCCCUGUGUUGUGUCCAAUUUGAAAGUGAUAGGAGCUACUGGAUUAUGGGAACCUUUGGAAAGGAAAAUAACUAAUGUAACAGUGGAAAUGGUGCCGUGCACAAAGAUUUCCAUGGAUAUGUUCGAUCCCCUCUAUUCCUGUGGGAUCUUGAGUCCUACUGGUCACAUCACCAAAUGCUUUCAUGAGCAUUAUGCAGACUUUGAUGAGCUAAGAAAGAUGCUGAUGAUUGAGGACUCAGAAAACUAUGAAAUAAUCAGUCAGGAAGAUCGACAGGAAUUUCUUUUCAGACUGUUCAAACACCUUUGCUUAGGAGGAGGACUUUGUCAGUACGAGGAAGUUGUCACUCCUUGUAUUGAAACUGCAAGAUUAAUUUACAAGGACAUGCUUAGUGUUCAGAAAGAUCCGGAAACAAAAGAAAUCAAAAUUGUCUCAACAGUUCUGAAAGUCACAGCCUAUGAUGACUCAGGAUUGUGCUACCCAUCAGAAAAGGAUGAUGAGCAGACCUUUGCUUACUUAAUUGUUGACCCUUACAAACGGAAUGUGUAUGUCCUGUACCAUUCCUAUGGAGUUCCUAUGGAGUGUCUCCCACACUGAGCUGAUGCAAUAAAUCAUUUGGGGAAAGAGAAAGAGGCAUUCCAGUACACAUAAUGAACAAGCAACAACUCUAGUCAUUGUUUGUAAAUUGUUGUGGCCUAUAAUCUAUGAAUUAUUCAUGAACUUGUUCCCACUACUCUCUAUCUUAAAGUAUUGACAUUUCUUUAAUUUGUUCAUAAAAGAUGAUGGAAUGGUCCCGUCACCCUGCCCUCACCGUGCGCAUCAUUUAUGGUCCAUUUCCUUAUCUAUAUUAUGUUGUCUUAAAUAGUGAGUUUAGGUGAUACGUUGGAUAUCUGGGCCUGAAUCUGCAUGGUGUGUGUAUGUGUGUGGAUUUGCACAGUUGAGUGUAGCGUUUUUUUUAUAAGUAAAGUGUGGAUGCACAAAUGAAACAUGGCGUGUGAAUCAUCAGUGCAAACCAGCAAAAAGGUGAACAAAGGACAUCCAGCCGCUCAGCCUGGUGCAGGAGGAGAACAAAUAAAAGAGUGAGCCUCCCCAGAAAGCCAUGGGAUGACCUUUUAUUACCCUCCAGCCAGUUGCUUACAAUUGAAAAUUACCGCACCAUGGAAGACUCCUGAAGAAAACAAAAGUAAACACAACAAACCGAAAAGGGAGCAAGGGACAUGAACAUGGUGUUUGUGCUGGUUUGUGUGCCCCUCAGUACAUUCCCUUUGCAUCCAUCUCAU